UUGUUCGGUUGGUCCCAAUCUGCUGCUUUCUUCUGUGCUGCCUUUGGCUGCAGCAGCAGCAGCAGCAGGAGCGAGUGCAGUCCGGCUCUUCGGCCUGCCGUCGGCGCCUGAGCAUGUGCAGCAGCAGCAGCAUCCGCAGCAGAAGCAGCUGCAGCAUCCCUCGCUGGGAGCAGCAGCAGCAGCAGCAGCAGCUGCAGCAGCAAACGGAUUUGCCUCCCUUACUUUCCCCUUCUGCCUUGGGGGACCCUGACUGGCAAGACACAGCAGCAAGCCUUUUAGACCAGGGUCUUGGCGCUGCUGCUGCUCCUGCUGCUGCUGCUGCUGCUGCUGCUGCUGCUGCUGCUGACCCUCCAUCGGCGCUGGGGCGUCUCGCCGCCUCCGUGACGGAGAGCCUGCGGCAGCAGCAGCAGCUGCAGCAGCAGCAGCAGCAGCUGCAGCAACAGCUGCACAGCAGCUCGACUUUGCUGCCAGCCACAGCUUUCAUAUCCCCCACGGACUCAUUUGGUCGGCACAAUCCGCAGCAGCAGCUGCUGUAUGAGCAGCAGCAGAUGCUGCAGCAGCAGCAGCAGCAGCUGAUGCAGCAGCAGCAGCUCCUGCUGCAGCUGUCUCAGUCUCUGGCGGCAGCCAGCGACCCCACGACAGCGGCAGCGGCUGCAGCUGCCGCUGCAGCCAAACCACACAGGCAGCAGCAGCAGCAGCAGCAGCAGCAGCAGCAGCAAGGCUGUUUGCUGCUGCAGCAGCCUGAUGCUUCUCAAAGCAGCACAUCAACCCGAGAGAGCAGCACACACCUCAGCAGCAGCAUUCCCUUGGAGGCGGAGCCGCUGCUGCCCCCAGAAGUCCAAAUACAACUUGCUGCAUUUCCAGUUGCUGCUCAGAAAGCAGCAGCAACAGCAGCAGCAACAGCAGCAGCAACAGCAGCAGCAGCAGCACCCUCUACGGCGGCUGGCGCUGUUGCUGCUGCUCCCGCUGCUGCGACCCCAGCAAAUACUGCUGCGCCUGCUGCUGCUGCUCCCCAGCAGCAGCAGCCACAGCAGCAGCAGCAACAGCAGCAGCAGCAGCAGCAGCAGCAAAGGAAAGCGCCACCAUCUGUCGGCCAAGAAAGCGGCGAGGACUUCAGCAGUUUGUUGUCUUUUGACUUUUCUUCUCCUUUCGUUUUGGGAAUGGAAACCCUCAGGGAGGUUUUGAGGGACUCCAAAGAGCCGCUGGAGGCGAAGCAAAUUUACCAAUUCAGGGAAAGCAACACGCUGCAGUACAACUUGCCAGACGGGCGCCAGUUCAACCGUGUGCUGGGGUGUACGUACACCCGAGCGCAGCAGCCCGGAGCGUCCCCGGAGCGCCGUUUUUCAGAUGGGCAGCUGGAGUGCCUUUUUCCGGACGGAUCUGCGCAAAUAAUUUUUGCAAACGGAAUUCGCAAAGUCGUGGGGCCGCAGAAAGACGAAAAAAUCAUCUUUCCAGAUGGCGAGUGGAGGCGAAACGAAUGCAGAAUUAAAUGCAAUUUAAAUCUUUAA